AUGGAUCAGAAGAGGUUUCCUGGCACAAUGUCCAGGCAGCUGGACGCACCGUCCAGGAGACGCCCCUGUGUCGGAGGUGGGAUAAGUUGUCCUCAGCCUCCCCCACCUCCUGCUCAGUACGGUCGUAUGAAGGCGGUGGAGGUGGCGAGAGGGAGGACGGGCUACGGCUUUACGCUGACGGGCCAAAGCCCCUGUGUCCUCAGCUGCAUCCUGAAAGGAAGUCCGUCAGACUACGUGGGGUUGCGCUCCGGAGACUACAUCCUCUCCGUCAACGACAUCAACGUCUCCAAGGCGUCGCAUGAAGACGUCGUCAAACUGAUUGGACGAUGUUCUGGUGUUCUCAAGCUCGUCAUUGCUGAGGGAGAGCAUCACAAGCGCCACCACCACCAAAGGACCCCCGGCAGCCGCCACCACAGCAGCAACGCAGUGGCGGCGGCUCCUCUGGACUCCUGCUCCAGCGAAGAUGAGCUGGACGGUUUCUAUGACAACAGCGUUAGCAACAACAUCAGCAGCAGCAGCAGGUCGGGCUCCGGAGCUCACUGGGGCAGGUACAAACCCAAACGGGACUCAAAGCAGCUGGGCAUCAACAGAGCAGAGAGGGUGGUGGCAGAGCUGCAGUCUGGAGGAAUCUUCAACAUGAUCUUUGAGAACUCCAGCCACUCGUCCAGCAGCUCGGACAAGGACCGGCCCGGCGUCGCCUCGACUUCAAAGCCUCGUCCAGUGUCUGAUCCAGAGUUCUUCCCGUACCGAAAUCCCUCUCGCUCCCAGAGCAACCCCAACCUUCUCUCUGAGGAGGAGAUGGCCCAGGUUCUGAACGACGAUUCGGUCUUCCUGGAGUCAGACGUUCACCACCAUCACCAUCAAGAAGAGCAGGACUUGGAUGGAGGAGAAGGUGGAGAUUUUGUCCUAGAACCCAGCGAAGGGAUCCUCAACGUGGGGAUGGUUGUUGGCUACCUUGGCUCCAUUGAGCUCGCCUCCACAGGCACCAACCUGGAGAGUGACAGUGUGCAAGCCAUCAGGGGGAGCAUGAGGCGCCUCCGGGCGGAGCAGAAGAUUCAUUCGUUGGUCCUCAUGAAGGUCAUGCACGACAGUGUGCGCCUGUGCAGUGACAGAGGUCACGUCUUGGCCUCUUAUCCUGCAGAGAAACUGGCCUUCAGCGCCUGUUGUCCCGACGACCGGCGCUUCUUCGGGCUGGUCACCAUGCAAGCCUCGGACGACUACGACGACCAUCGCCUCAGCGACGGACGAGACGAGGAAGCGGGUUUGAGGACUUCGUGUCACGUGUUCAUCGUGGAUCCAGAGCUUUGUCACCACCAGCUCCAUUCAGGGGUCGCCAGGAGGUUCGGCUUUGAGUGCACCCCUGACCCAGACACGGGAGGCUGCCUGGAGUUCCCCCUCAGCUCUCAGCCUCUCCUCCAGUUUGUGUCCGUCCUCUACCGGGACAUGGGAGACAACAUCGAGGGGGUUCGGGCGCGUGCUUUUCACGAUCCGGACAACGACGCCCAGCAGAACCACAGCACCAGCAGCAACAGCGACAGUGGGAUCGGCAACUUUUUACCCGAAGAGAAGAGCAACCGAGUGCUUUUGGUGGACCUGGGUGGUCCUCCCAGUCACAACCAUACGCCCGGGGCGCGGCACUGGGACAGCCCGCCUUCGUCCCAGCAGGCGUGGAGCCCCACACCAGGAGCCGCAGCCGCUCCUCCGCCGCCUCCGAUGCUGAGAAACGGCCACUACCUCCACGAUCCGCACCUCGCUGACCUCCCUCACCCUCUCCCUCUCCCCUCGACUCACCCCGACGGCCCCGGCAGGCUUUCACGAGGGCUCCACCCACACCACUACUCGUCGGGGAAGCUGGGAGGAGCAGCUGUGGGAGGAGAAAGGAGAGGGGCUGGAGGAGCAGCAGGGGUGGAGCCGCAGCGGUGGCUGCCCGUCCACGUGCUGAGAGACUGGCGUCAGCAGCAGCACCGCCACCACUUCCAAGGUCUGAGCAGCGACCAGGAGUCCUACGCCGAGUCCACCGACGGGUGGUCUUCAGCCAACUGCAGCACUCUGCCCCCGCCCAUGAAUAAGAUCCCGGCAGACCGCUACCGGGCCCCGUUGGCCCCUGGGGACCACUUGCAAAAGCCUGGUGGGAGCCAGGCUCCUCCUGCACCUCCCCACGCUCACCGGCUGGCUGCGCACAAAGACGAGUGGGCCAAGAAACUGUUCGGUGAGCGGGAACGCACCGGAGCCCGGAGGAGCGUGAAGGAGAAGAAGCGAGAAGGGACCUGGAAGGAGGGCGAGAAGAAGCGUUCUUCGGCCCGACGCUCCUUCGGACGCUCCAAACGUCUCAGCAUGGCUCGCUCGCUGGACGACCUGGAGGUGAGGAGCACUCACGCGUUCUUUUGUCCCAUUCGAAACGUGUGCAUCCCUGACGAUAGCGGCCCGUCCUCGCAUGACAUGACGAGCCCUCAGCCCACGUCGCCGUGGCAACACCGACGCACUCAACUGAACAGCGUGGAGCUGCAGGGCUGCAGCAGCGACAACAGUCUGAACAGUAAUGCCAGUCUGCCCAGUGUCCAGUACCACCAGCGCCACACGGAGCGCAGGGUGGCCAGCUGGGCCGCCUGCUUCGAGUGGCUGCUGCAGGACCCCGUGGGAGUUCGCUACUUCUCGGAAUUCCUCAAAAAAGAGUUCAGUGAGGAGAAUAUUCUUUUCUGGCAGGCUUGUGAAUUCUUCAGCCAUGUUCCCGAGAACGACAACAAGCAGCUUUCACAGCGCGCCAGAGAGAUCUACAACAGCUUCCUGUCCAGUAAAGCCACCACGCCGGUCAACAUCGACAGCCAAGCUCAGCUGGCCGACGACAUCCUGAACGCACCCAAACCCGACAUGUUCAAGGAGCAGCAGCUGCAGAUCUUUAACCUGAUGAAGUUCGACAGCUACACACGGUUCCUCAAGUCUCGUCUGUAUCAGGCGUGCAUGCUGGCAGAGGUGGAGGGCCGGCCGCUACCGGACCCGUACCACAUCCCCAGCAGCCCCACCUCCAAACACAGCACCACCGGUUCUGACCGCUCCAACCUCUCCACGCCCAAGAAGGAGGACAAGAAGAAUAAAUCCGGUCGGUCUUUAAAUGAGGACGUUCGAGAUGAUUCAGGCGACAGGAAGAAAGGCACGUUUUUCUCGUGGUCUCGCAACAGGAGCUUCGGCAAAGGACCGAAGAAACGAGAGCUGGCUGAUUUCAACUACAAUUUUACUGGGACUAAUGGCCGCCGCGAGUCCCAAGGUUCCCUGUCUUCAGGAGCCAGUCUGGAGCUGGGGACCUCAGGGAGGAACGAGGGAGAUGUUUCUCGUACGGCAGCAGAUCGUGGAGGAAGCGGCGCCCCCUUGAGGCAGUGCAGCAUAAACCUUCCAGACGGCUCGUGCUGCUCGGUUCCUCUGAAGGCCGGGCUGUCCAUCAGAGAGCUGCUGCAGGGUCUUUGUGAGAAGCUCUGCAUCAACCUGGCAGCUGUAGACCUGUUCCUAGUUGGAGGCGAGAAGCCUCUUGUUUUAGACCAAGACUGUUUGACCCUGAGCUCUCGAGACCUCAGGCUCGAAAAACGAACCCUCUUCAGACUCGACUUGGUUCCCAUCAACCGUUCGGUGGGUUUAAAAGCUAAGCCCACUAAGCCGGUGACGGAGGUCCUGAGGCCCGUUGUGGCAAAAUACGGCCUGCACCUUUCUGACUUGGUGGCACGUAUAAGCGGAGAGUCGGAGCCGUUAGAUUUAGGUCUUCCUAUUUCCAACCUGGACGGUCUGCGGGUGGUUUUAGAUGUAGAAGGAAACCUUCCUGGAAAAGACAAACAAAAAGUGUCUCCCUCUAAGAAUCACCUUCCAGCCUCUUCAAGCAGGAACCAGUCGUCGACAGGUGAGGACAGGCCAUCAAGGAAAGCCGGCACAGCCCAUCCCCAUGGGGAAAAUGGCCAGGCUGGAUCAGGCCCUGACAAAAGCGGCCAGCCUUUAUCCAACCACUCUGUCUUUCAUCAUAAGGCUCCAGAGAAAAGAAAGCAGAAAAAGAUAAAUAUAGACGAAGCUGAAGAGUUCUUCGACCUCAUAUCCAAAGCUCAGAGCAACAGAGCCGACGACCAGCGAGGCCUGCUAAACAAGAGCGACCUGCAGCUCCCAGACUUCCUGCGCCUGUCGCCAGCGGUCAACAGCCAGACUGCGCCUCCUCCGUGCAACCCUGAGCCCAGUUGCUCCACCCCGAACUCCCGUCACCCCAACAACAGCAGCUUCCCUGGCAGCGGUCGCCGAGGCAACAAGUCACACGGCAACGAGCGGGGAAGCGUAGGCAGCACACACUUGCUCAGCGCGAGCCAUCAGUCGCAGAGCUUGGACUCUGCGCUGAGCACAGAGAGCGGAGGGGGCAGGAAACCCCGGCCACCUCCUCUGUUUUCAUCCACCGUCUCCCCCAUCCACCCGUCCCGAGCCACUCCGCACACCUUCCAGGACUCUGCCGGGGGAGAAUCGAUCCAAAUGCUGGAGGAGGACACCCUGUCUGAUCUGACUCUUGUGGGGGAGGGUGACAUUAACAGCCCCAGCCUCAGUUACGUCACUCCCUCAGCCCUGCUGAGUAAAGCCCGGCCUCGGCCUCAACAGGCACAGGACAGCCGACCUAGCUCAGGUACAUGCCCGGUGUGAAACUGUUGAACCAUCAACCCUCCCUUCAUCUGACUGCUGGUGGGACUGGAGGUCCGCUAAAGUCACUUUGAGUGUUCUUUGGUUCAAAAUGCAUCUAGAUCUCCUCUUUUCUUCCACUCCACCGCAUAGGGGAACAAAUCAUUUGAUUAACUAAACUCUGCAGUUUAAUGAUGAUUAGACAAGUGUUUACCCCAAAUUUAUAUAACAAUACACUCAAAAAAUGUAAAGAUUGCAGCUAAGACCUUCGCAAGUUAGUAGAAAAUAGUUGAGGCAAACAGUGAGUUUAAAUGCAAAGGUAUUUGUGCACUAUUUUGCGUCCAGCAAUCCACUCUGUUGAAAACAGACUUGGUAAAAAGGUGUCGUGACACAAAGAGAGGAAACAUGGAUGCAUUGCUCAGACUUGACCCUGGACUCUCCCUGUGUGGUGUGUAUCUGUGUGAACUAUUGAAUGGACUUGCUGUGGACAUUUUUCUCUUUAUUUUUCUUGAAAAUUGAGGACGAGCGUGGGAGGAUUUGGCGAAGACCAGUUCCAUUUUCACUCCUCUAGCACCCCCAAAUAUUUAGAAUCUAACGAUGCACU